UCGAAGAGAAGGUACGAAGGGUACUUCACAGCCUACAUGACUUGGACUAUGUUAAAUACUAAAUGAUUUUCACAGUCUAGAAAGUACUGUAUUUGUAAUUAUUUUCUAGGGAGAUAAACAAGAAAAACUUAAGCAUAUAAGAUAAUUGAGGACAUUUUAUAAUGCCAAAAUCAAUUUAUAUCCUUGGACUUUUAUUGUAUUUUUUAAAAUGUUGCCAUGGUAGAGCUCCAGUUUUUGAUUGUAAGGUAUCCGUCAGACCUUGUCCUUCUAACCAGCGAUAUGAUAUGAAUGGGGAGCGCUUUGAUGAAAACACAAACACAUCUGACAUUAUUUAUACUCUCCAAGCAAGUGAUUCUGAUCCAGGUGAUACUGUGGCUUAUGAAAUUGCAGUGACCACUGCAUUAGAAUCUGGAUUUGUGGAUGGAUAUUACUGGUUUAAUGUGGAACGAAGUACGGGUGAUGUUAAUUUCUUAGAAUCUCCAAAUUAUGAGGCAGAAAAUCAAUUCAUGAUAACAUGGAGAUUAUUAGAUGGAAGUUUAACACCGACUAUUGCAUCAAAUAUCAAAGUAUAUUUAAAUGACAUUAAUGAUGAACCUCCUGUGUUUGAAGAAGUACUUUACACAUUUUACUUACCAGAGGAUUCUACCGAUGGUGUGGUGGUUGACAAAGUAAGUGCAACUGAUAGAGAUUCUGGGGCCAAUGGAGAAAUAAAAUAUUCUCUCUCACCAGAUUCAGAGGGGUUAAAUGUCUUUGAGAUGCUAGAAGAUGGCACACUGAUAGUGAAUGACUCAACAUCAUUAGACUAUGAAACUACAGUUGAUUACGCUCUGGAAGCAAUUGCAACGGAUUUGGGAACCCCUAGUCUCUCUGCCAACCCACCUGCUAGGAUUCGUGUUUUGAUUGAAGAUGUUAACGAUGUUCCACCAGAAUUCAAACAUUUGCCAUACAGUGUUGAAAUACCUGAAAAUCAACCUGAGGAAACAUCUGUGAUUACCAUAGAUGCAAUUGAUGGGGAUAAGGGUGUCCAAGAUAAAAAUUCAAUAUUAUAUACAUUAAUAAAUGAUAUUUCAGGCCAUUUUGGUAUAAAUAAUACCAGUGGAGAUAUUUAUAUCACAAGACCAAUUGAUAAAGAGAAUAUGACAGGAAACUCUUACACACUUGAUGUACAGGCUACCGAAGAAAUAACAGGUCAGACAAACACAGCAGAAGUUCUGGUAACAAUUUUAGAUGAGAAUGAUAACCUCCCGGUAUUUAACCCUACAAAUGUAACGUAUAACCUGGAUGAGAACACACCCCGGGCGCUUAUCUAUCUAGAUAUGACAGUGAGUGAUGCAGAUGAUACUGGAAACAACAAGUUUAGUUUUACACUUGAAGGGGGAAAUGGCACAUUUAAACUGAAUAAACCUGGAAUGGAAUAUACAUCUGAAACAACUGUUGUGUUAGUGGCAGUUGAACUUUUGGAUUUUGAGGCAGGAGCUACUAGUAUAUCAGUAAAGGUCAUUGCCACUGAGGCUCAAAACAAAUCUAGGCAGAGCUUUGGAGAUGUUGUAAUACAAAUUAUUGAUCUGAAUGACAAUUAUCCAGAGUUUGCAAAUGAAACCUACCAAGCAUAUAUUCCUGAAGAUGCUGUAGCUGGUGCACAUGUAAUCACCAUUGUGGCCACAGAUAAGGAUGCGUUGACAAAAUAUAUCACCUAUGGAAUUAUUGGGACCGGAUUGGAUAAUACAUGUUUUAACGUUUUUGAACAUACGGGAAUGGUUACUGUGUCUGGCGAAUGUGAAUUUGAUAUUGAAGAAGGAAAGUCAAGCUACUUUUUCACCUACCAGGCCAAAGAUGAUGGCGGUCUUGCAUCUACAGUUUUACUCGAAAUCAGCCUAACAGAUGUGAAUGACAAUCAUCCUGUUCAUGUUAGCACUACUCCGGAAUCGCCAACUAUACCCGAGUCGCAAAAUGGACAAUUUAAAAAAACACAUGUUGCCAUUAUUCAAUUCACAGAUGCUGACAAUGAUGAAAACACAAAUGGACGUGUAGAGUACAGCAUGAACGGAAGCAGUAUUUUUAGAAUCAAUGAAACAACUGGGAGAAUAUAUCAAACCGAAGAUGCUGAUUUUGAAACUAAAAAAAGUUACGAAUUUCUUGUCAUUGCUGAAGACAAAGGAACACCAUCAUUGUCAAGUAAUAUCAGCAUAACAAUUGAAGUUGAAGAUGUAAAUGAUAAUGCACCAAUCUUUAUAAAUUCAACUUACGAAGGUGAAGUAAAUGAGACAGCUGGCAAUGGAGAAUUCAUAUUAACUGUAAUUGCGACUGAUGCCGAUAGUUUGCAGAACCAACAAAUUGACUAUGCAUGGUUAUCAAGUGGGGAUGGAAUCAGCAAGUUUUCAGUUGAUCAAAUUAAUGGAAAUGUUAUAAAAAAUGGCGAGUUGGAUUGGGAUAAAGGGCCAACUGAGUACAAUCUUACUGUGAUUGCAAAAGAUCGUGGGGAACCACCUUUAAAUGGUACUUGUAUAGUUCGUAUAAAAGUCUUAGACACAAAUGAUGAGGCACCCGUAUUGAAGGAAGAGGUUGUUGACAUAAGGGAAGAUGCAAAUGUUUCUGAAAUUGUUACGGUAAUAAAAGCGAACGACUCCGACACAAACUCCAAACUUGAGUAUGGCAUUUUGUUAGUUGAAGCAUUCAAUGAUCUUGGUGCACAAGUUAAAGACUAUCAUAAUGACCAUUUCAAACUGGAAAAUUCAACUGGUGAACUUAUGCUCACACAUGCUCUCGACCAAGAGGUCGUUCAAGAAUACCAGCUAACUGUUCAAGUGGAAGACCUCAACAGCAUUACAGGCCCACAAAAGGAUUCAGCUACAAUUAAAAUAAAUGUGCUAGAUGUGCCCGAUGAGCAACCUAAAUUUCGGGAGAAAGAUGAUCCACCGGUCAUUGAAAGGGUUGCCAUAGUAGAAGAUGUUGAAGGGGAGAGGCACAACGACAGCUGUAUUACAAAUGUCUCCUUGGCCUCAGAUAAAGACGAGAAUGACCCAAUCUUUUAUUUUAUUGUGGACGGAAAUGAAGAAUGCGUGUUUCACCUGGAAAAUAGCACAGGCUGUGUGACUGUAGUGAAAAGUGUUAACCGAGAAACUGCAGCUAACUACACCCUCAUCGUCAAGGCAUCAAAUAACAUGUAUUAUAAAAAUGGACAAAAAUGCCCGGCAGAGGAGUCCAGUGGUGCAAGAAUAUUAGAAGCAACAGACCCAGUUUUUGACCCCGAAACAGAUCCCACCCUAAUUCAGGUUGCGAUACAAAUUGUGGACGUGAAUGACAACCCACCGGUCUUUUCUCCAGAUGUUUAUACAGCAGGUGCGUCCUCAACGUACAACUACGGAACAUCAAUUAUUCAGUUGGUGGCAAAAGAUGAAGAUGUUGGAGUCAAUGCAGAGAUGGAAUACGAAAUAGUAGAAGAAGCUUACUACAUUGAUGAUGUUCGUCAAGAGACAAUCAAAAAAUAUUUUGCUGUAGAUAAAAAAACUGGCUGGAUCACCCUUUCAAGUAUUUUUAAUUCGGAGGAUGAAGGAUAUUUUGAGCUUGAUGUUAUAGUUGUUGGCACAGGAAAUCUAAUUGAUAAAGCCAGUGUUUCGAUUUAUCUUAUGAACCCAAGUAUUCAUCAAGUGAAAGUAGUUUUUGUCAAAGCAUCAGAUGUAGUAUACAACGAGCGAGAAGAAUUCACCAAGCUUUUGCUUGAGGGUACAAAUUAUGUAAUCAACAUUGAUGAAACUAAGGUGCAUUUGGAUGAAUAUGAUGUGCCAGACACAACCAGGACAGAUAUGAGGAUACAUGGAGUUAAUGCUACAAUUAACUCAGUCAUUGAAUCCAGACAACUGAUAAGAGCAAUUGAUGAAGCCUAUACAAUAUAUGCAGAUUUAAAGAACACAUUUCGUGUCAUGCAAGUUGUGAAAGCUGUACCAGAUCCUGAUCCAGUGUUCGAUACUUUGAAUGCGCUGCAGUGGUUCUUCUUUACAUUAAGUCUUCUUCUUAUUUUCAUCUUAUCUCUAUGGGCCAUCGCCUUCGUAUUUUGGCGAUCAUCGUUACAAAGAAAACUGAGAGUGGCCAAUGCUGAAAUUUACAGGAAGCCUAAGGACAUCCACAAAGAGAAGCUACCAAAUACCAACCUGUACCAACAAGAAGGUUCUAAUCCAUUGUACAAAACGGGCUUGAUAGAGAAAAACAACAGAGUACAUGCCGAAGCCGACAAGUCUAGUGUUGAUGAGACAUGGAAGAACUCUGAUGAAGGAAUAGACACGCUAAAAACCAAUGAGGUAGAGGAUGCUAAAAACGAUAACAGUUACAAGGACUUGGCGAUCAUCCUCAAUGACUAUGAUCAGUCUGUUGGUAUAGAUAAUCCAGGAAAUGAUAUUAAGGUCCAUGAUAAUAAGGAUGCUGAAGAUUUGGAAGUAACUGAUGUCUGAUACAUUAUGAAGUUUAUGAUAGACAAGAUAAAAAUUUAAUUAAAAUUGCUCUCUUUUUAUAUCUCAAUUUGUCAUUAGCAUUCAAUGAUAAAAAUAUUUCAUUUGCCAAUUAGUCAAUUUGUCAUUAUAUUAUUUGCCUUAGAUUGUCUUAUUUUAUUUUAUUUUAAUUUACAUUUGACAGCGGGGAGCCCGCCACUUACAGAAUGGAAUACAUAAAACACAAGGGAAAACAUCAAAAACACUUACUCUAGGCAUGUCUUAAUUUUACUUCAAAAUAUUCAAACUAUUAAAAAACAUGUCAGUGGUCGAAUCUAAUUGAAUAAAUGAAAAAAAAAAUGAUUAUGAAAAUGUCUGUAAGCCAUUCAGAACUUUUUUUUUUUUAUAUUUGGUUCGUUGAAAGUUGAUAAACAGUUUCGUCCUUGAGCAGUUGAAUUUUUUGAUAAAAAUUAGAAAGUUUUUUUUUUCAUGUUUUUCCGCUGUCGCUAUAAUUUUAAAAAAGCAUUCCUACAAUAAGUCCUAAUACAAACUUUCAACAUUUUCUUUUCUGUAAUUCAUUAUUUUUCAAGUUUUUCUAAUUAUUUUCAAAUAUUUUUUUAUCGCUUAGUGUAAGCAAGGCUUGCUUUUUUGACGAUAAUCGAACAGCCACGGUAUAACAGCUCGAAAAAUUUCUAUUUUGAUUAGCGGCAUGCCAACUUGUUUUGUUUUUUGUACUGCGAUUAUAUUAACCAAACACUGCAAAACUUGGGUAGACCCACUGUGUCAUGCUAUUUCUUUAGAUUAGCUAAGUUAAUUUUCAUAGCCUACAAGUUGACUAGUAUUAUUAUAAAUUAAAAGAAAAUGAUAAGAAAUUUAUAAUAAUUUGCGAUUUUAAUGUGUACGCUUAAUUACUGAAACUUAAGCAACAAAAAAGCAUAUUUUAGACUGAAAUUUAGAUUAAAAGAUACCGGUACUAGAGCACGACAUGACAUAGAGAUAUAAUAAGAAUAUUUAAUAGCUCUAUGCAACAUGAUCAUGGCUUUCGUUUGGUGGUGCUGUUUUUGAGACCGAAUAUCUUUCCACUAACGUGCGGUGCAAUAAGGUAAAUUUAUUUUUGCCAAUAAAAUCUGGUCGUAGGCGUACAGUAACCUACUAGAAAUAUUCCAUAUUACCAAAAAAUUAUAGUAAAUGCGAAUUGCAAAUCAUUUCUUACGGUUAAACCUGAAGGUGACAUAAGAUUAUAGCCCUGGAUUUAUAAUCACGUUCAUUUAGGUAACUCAAAAUUGUACGAAAUCGAUUGAAAGGAAAUGUCUACAUUAUGUAAUCUAUUCAUGAAAAGUUUGCAAAACAAUACUUUUAACAACAUUGUCAUUGUCGAACAUUUCCUUUUUACUAUGAUUCCUAGCCCACUACAAACGACCUAUAAGAAGACCUCAAAUUAUACGUAUAUUUUCAGUUUAAUUUAUCUACAUUUUCAGUUUAAUCUAGGUUAAUUUUUAUAUGUUUUUAUUUAAUUUAUUAUUUAGUUUUAUUAAAUAUUAUUUUUUAAAUUCAGCUACUCCUUAAAUAUGUUUAUGAAGAGGCUAUCAAACCAAUUUAACAUCCUCACUACAAGUAAUUAAAAUUACCUCGUCAUUAUUCCCAAGUCAACAACAAAAAAUGAUCGACUCCAAUUCGGAUUGAUUAUGAAAUGUGAAUCCAGUUUUUAUAAAUAAAUCACCUUUUUAAUACAUUUAAAUUUAAAUUCAAGAAAGUUUUGUUUUAAUUUGUUAUGAUUUUUUAUAUAGCUCUUUUUAAAGUGUUCUGUAAUUAUGAAAAAGAAUGGUAGUAUUAAACAGGCUUAGUUAAAAAAUCUCCAAUUAUGUUACCAUGUUUUACUAUAAUUUGUUUUAAAAAAGCUUUGCCAAAUAUAAUAUACACUGAUGUAAAAUACAGUAUAUUCACAUUCAAUAUAAUCCAUAUUUAUUCUUUCCUCCGCUUGAAGAGGAUAUGUUAUGAAGAUUCAAGUAUAUUUAACUAUUAGUCUAUAUAAGCCUACAGAAAUUACGUCCAGAAAAAACAAAAACAAAAAAAAAAACCUAAGAUGUGGUAAAUUACUAUGGACUAUCAUGCUUGUAUUUUCUAUUUUUUAAUUUCCAUAUCAUUUGUGUUAUUAUUUCUGAUGUAGGCUUAACUUUGGUUAUUUUGUUCGUUGUGUGAAAUAAAUAAAAAAAGGAAAUAAACAUA